AUGGGAACUGCCGUCGACCAGGACCAAAAGAUGCUGGAACUGGAUGGCUCCUUGGGAACCAGUCGCAAGGACAUGCAAGGUAGAAUCAGGUUGAAGCUGAAGCUUCCCGUCACUACAAACCCGCGAGGAGGUUCUCAGGUUCACGAAGGCUAUCAGCGCUUGCGGCAGAGCGUAGCAUCGGCUGCUGGAUUCACGCUAUUUCAUCUGAAUGUGCAGACGGGAGCAUUGAAGUCGGCUCCAGAGGAAAGAGUCUCAAACUCUGGGAUGGAGGGCAAUCGAAGUCUCACCUGGGGCAUCUGGAGCUGUCCUGCAAGAUCUUAG